UGUCCAUCACCCCAAGGGACUAGAUCAACAAUGAAGCACUAUGUGGCAGCCAUUCUUGCCAUAUCAUUCCUUGACAUCUUCAAUGAAGGCAUUGUCAGAGGAAGCUUUGGUUCUCAGAUGAUGCCACGGAACCAGUGUGAAGACUUGCACCUGGAAGAAAUAGACAUCAGAAGAAUUUCUAGCUAUGAAGAACAUGAGACACCAUUUAAAGCUGUGAUAUUGGUAACCAAGAAUGGAUUUCGAAUCUGUGUACCACAUAAUCUUCAGUGGGUAAAGAAUGCCAUCAGGAACUUGGACCAAAGACCCAAGCCUAAAGUGCCAAAAAAACGCAAAUCCUCAUCUAGACGCAAAGCCACAUCUACAUCUAGACCUAAGCGCAGGACUAACUAAACAGAUGCAACAGAUGUCCACCUAUCAACAGCCACUCAUAAUUCUUGAUAACAGUUGCUUGGAAAUAAAGUUUCUGAACUCAUGUAGCUUCAAUGGAAUCCAUUCAUCCAUUAAGGAAAGAUCAUUUAGUGUUCCUUUAUUCUUAUUUAC